UUUUUCAGGCUACCCGGUGGAUAAAACUGACAGAUUUCUGAUCAACGAAGGCUCCAUUGAAGAAAUUUAAGCGAUUUCCACUGCUUAAAUCUUCAAAAUGGGUGUGGGAUUCCAGAUAAUGUACUCGGCGUUGAUAUGCUACCUGUCCAUAAGCAUGGGCAUAUUCUUCGCCUGGCCUUCUGUCACUGUACAAAUCUUCAAGUCUAACUCUACACCCCUGCAUCGGCCAAUGAGUGACGCUGAGAUAUCUCUAUUUGGGAGCCUGUCCUCUAUUGGAGCCGUGGUUGGCACUAUCAUCGCCGGAGCUCUGUUUGAUGUGAUAGGAAGAAAGGCUUGCGCUGUAUUGGCUGCUAUGAGCUAUGUGAUAUCAUGGGGUCUAAUAGCGACUGUCACCCAAGUGGAAGUGAUCCUCUUGGCUGUAUUUAUCGCUGGGCUGGGAUCCUCCGCCAUGCUGAUUGUUAGGCUGUUUGUAAGCGAAAUCUGUCAAGAGUCCAUAAGAGGAUCAAUGACUACAGGGUCUCUGUUAUUUUGUUCUCUAGGAAUUCUCCUAUCGUAUGCUUUGGGAGGAUGGACAAGUUACAGGACGAUGUUGUAUACCUUCUUAGCAAUUGCUAUAGUGGGGGUGUUUCUGACUGGAAUUUUGAGGGAGAGUCCAACGUUUUUGAUGAAGAAGGGAAGAGUAGAGGAAGCAGCUAGAUCUAUAGCCUUCUAUAGGCAUGCAGCGAUAGAUUCCAAGGAAGUACUGCACGAGAUGGACAACCUCCGGAGAGCCUUCAACCCCGAUUUAAUCGGAGAUAACACUAAUCCGGAAGAGGUUGCGUUGAAACCUGAGAAUGAAGAAAAACAGCAAGUUAGGGAGAAAAUUUCGUUUUGGAAGUUCAUGAGAAAAUCAUACCCCACACGACGGGCGCUAUUCGUGACUCUGUCUCUUGUAGCAUUAGGAACCUUCCAAGGUUUUACCGUGCUACAAGUAUAUGCCAAGCCAUUGUUCGACGAAGCUGUCCCAAACAUGUCAUCUACAGUAUGCAGUAUCAUACAGGCUUUGAUCACUCUCGCCGUUGCUUUGAUGAGUGGAACCUUGAGCGAUUUGUCUGGAAGACGGCCACUCCUAAUCUACUCUUCAAUAGCAGCGGCCGUGUGUUGCAUUGCUCUCGGCACUCAGAUACAGUUCCACUGGGCUCCACAUUGGGUCACAGCUCUGUUCAUGUAUCUCUUCAGUGUCUGUUACACUUUCGGAGCGGGGACAAUACCUUAUGUUCUCGUUACUGAUGUAUUUUUACCUGAGAUAAAAAGUUUCGUCUCAACUCUAGUCAUAGAAUGGUCCUGGGCAACCUGUUUCAUUCUUCUAUUCAUGUUCAACCCUCUGGUCAUAUGGUUCGGUCUUGGACCAGUGUUCUAUAUCUUCGCAGGACUCUGUGUUGCAACUGCCGUGUUUACAUUUUUCCUGUUGCCUGAAACCAAGGGCUUGCCUGUUGAUGUAGUACAGGGUUUGUUUAGCAGGAAACGAUAAUUUAGACUUGUUUCUUAAGUACAGAGGGCAAUCCCUACCAGCAAUUUGGCCUGUCUGGUAUUUGAUCAUCAAUGAAUUUCAUGCAUUUAAUUUAAGCGUUAUUAUUUAAGUUUCUGUUGUACUGAAAUCAGGGUUCGAGAAAUUAAAAUUAUUUUGAUAAUAAUUAUUAUAAUUAUCUGAUAAUUUAUCACACAUAGAUAAUUAUAUUAUCCAUGCUGCUUAAUAGGUUUAAAAAUGAUGAGAAGCGAGAAAAUUAAAUCAUCACGAAGAAAAAUCUUUCGGGAAAACGAUUUGGUUUGUGUCUUUUUUGAGAUUGACAUUUAAUACAUUUGGAUACGGUACAAACAAAGACGUUGUUAUUCGAUUGAAUUUUAUAAUUUAUUAUCCUGAUCAAUGGGAGUUAUUGUGAUAAUUGUCAUCAUUUAUUAUCAUUAGGUAAUUAUCAUUUUGAACCCUGGUUUAUAUAUUUAAAUGCAAACCUUAAGUGUUAUGUGGAUUGUACAUUUGAUUUUGUUUCUUUGAAUUAAAAACUCGCACUAGUUGAAAAUACAGUACAAUAAUUAUAUAAGAUAAUCAUAAAUUUACGUAAAAAACCAAAAGAAAUUUAAAAUGUAGUGUAAUGUUUUA